AUGGAUUUAAUGGAUCCUGUUUCACUCUUAUUGCUCUUUGUCCUUACAAUGGCAUUCUUUCUGAAAAGGGGCAGUUUCUGGAAGACCAGCACACGAGAUCUUCCCCCAGGACCGAGGCCGUGGCCCCUCAUUGGAAAUCUUCACCUUCUAGACAUGAAGAGGCCUUACAGAACCCUGUCCGAGUUAUCCAAGCGGUAUGGUCCUGUCUUCAGCUUCCAACUGGGAUUCCAGAAAAUUGUUGUUCUGACGGGCUACGAGACUGUAAAGGAAGCGUUGGUGAACCAGGCAGAUGCCUUUGCGGAGAGGGCUGAGGUCCCAAUCUUCGAAAGCAUUUCAAAAGGCUAUGGGGUUGUCUUUUCUCAUGGUGAGAACUGGAAGGUUUUGCGGCGGUUUAUGUUAGCCACGUUGCGUGACUUUGGAAUGGGGAAGAGGACUAUAGAGGACAAGAUUGUGGAAGAAUGCCGUUUCUUAAUACAGAAACUUGAAUCUUACAAAGGCAAACCAUUUGAAACCACUGGAAUUAUUAAUGCUGCUGUUGCCAAUAUUAUAGUGUCCAUAUUACUUGGCAAGCGGCAUGGAUAUGAUGAUCCCACUUUUGUAAGACUACUGUACUUGGUGAAUGAAACUCAACGGCUUCUUGGAACCCCCUCAGUCUCGCUGUACAACAUGUUUCCUGCUCUGGGAUUUCUUUCUGGUGGUCGCAAGGCUGUCCUUGAAAAUACAGAUGAAUUUCACACCUUCAUAAAGGCCACCUUCAUAAAACACCUCAAAGAACUGGAUGUGAAUGACCAAAGGAGCUUUAUUGAUGCAUUUCUAAUCCGACAGCAAGAGGAGAACAGCAAGAACAAGACUAGUGAAUUUUUCCAUAGUGAAAACCUAAAGGCUACUGUGACUAACUUAUUCGGUGCUGGUAUAGAAACCAUUUCAAUGACUUUGCGUUGGGGCCUGUUGCUGAUGAUGAAGUACCCUGAAAUUCAGAAUAAGGUCCAGGAAGAAAUUACAAUGGUGAUUGGAUCUGCUCAGCCUCAGAUUGAACACCGAUCAAAACUGCCCUAUACAGAUGCGGUAAUCCAUGAAGUGCAGAGGUUCGCUAAUAUUCUCCCUAUGAAUUUGCCACAUGCCACCACUGCGGAUGUCACUCUGAAAGGCUAUUUCAUUCCAAAGGGGACAUAUAUUGUCCCAUUACUGUACUCUGUGCUGUAUGAUGAAUCUCAGUGGGAAAAACCACGUCAGUUCUAUCCUGAGCACUUCCUUGAUUCCGAAGGAAGGUUUGUCAAGAGAGAUGCCUUCAUGCCUUUCUCCGCAGGUCGGCGAAUUUGUGCUGGCGAGACCCUGGCCAAAAUGGAGAUCUUCCUCUUCUUUGUGAGUCUCCUGCAGAGAUUCAAUUUCCAGCCGGCCCCUGGGACAUCUAAAGAAGACCUGGACCUCACCCCAGCAGUUGGGAUUACUACGCCUCCAAUGCCCCACAGCAUCUGUGCUUUGCCAUGUUCUUAA